AUGCCUGCAGCCCGGCAGGUCCUGCUCCGCUUGGCCUCCAUGUGGCUGCUCCUGCACAGCCUCCUCCUGGCCUCCAGCCUCCACUCAGCCUCCGCCUUCCCCAAGGGCUGCUACCCCUCGGAAGAGGAGGGGCUGAAGACCUUCCGCUGCAGCAAUGCCAGGCUGACUGAGGUGCCCAGGGACAUACCCAACGACACCAACAAGCUCUACCUGGACUCCAACCGAAUCCCCUUCCUACCCCGCGACGCCUUUCGGGACCUGCCUGUGCUGCUGGAGCUGGAUCUGUCCCACAAUGCCAUCGCCGGUGUCGAGAGCGGAGCUUUCCAGGGCCUGGCAGACCACCUGCACACCCUGGAUCUCUCCUCCAACAGGUUGGUGUCACUUGGCAAGGAGGCCUUCAGCCACCUCAAGGCCAAGGUCAACCUCUCUGACAACCCCUGGCGCUGCGACUGCCGGCUGCAGGAGCUGAUCCGCGCGGUGGACCUGGCGGCCGGCUCGGCGGCUGGCAUCCUGUGCCACUCCUCCGCCCAGGAGGAGCACGUGGGCAAGGCCUUCCUGCAGGUGAUCGCCGACACCGACUUCUGCAAUGCCUACAAGAGGACCACAGACAUCGCCAUGCUGGUCACCAUGUUCGGCUGGUUCGCGAUGGUCAUCUCCUACCUGGUCUACUACGUGCGCCAGAACCAGGAGGAUGCCCGGCGCCACCUGGAGUACCUCAAGUCCCUGCCCAGCAAGCAGCGCAGGUCGGAGGAGUCGUCCACCAUCAGCACUGUGGUGUGA